AUGGCAGAACUUCUAUCAACCUGCACCAGUAUCCAUCUAAUUCAAUUGGACAGCAUUGCAAACAUCGACCCAGCAUACAUCCCUCCACUACGCCAACAACAUGAGGAAGCUAUGAUGGAGAAUCUCGAACGUGCCGAGAUGGGUUUCGGAUGGGCCGCACGUCGGAAAGUGUAUAUCGUCCCUGCACAACAAAAAGGAGAUGUCAAGGAAAUCCUAAGAAAUGUUCCGGAAGUUCAAGCAAGAGUUCUUGGGGAAGAAAUCACUAGUGGUGAAAUCACAAAGCAAUGA